AUGACUUUUGCCGAGCUGAGAAUGCUGACCAAGCACAGCGGUAGCUCAUUGGUUAGCUUGUAUUUGGUAUGCCAUUGGAAAUGCCGAAAGACCAACCCUGAUGGUUCAGGAGGUCCUACAAUAAAAUCUCGUUACAUCACAGCCUUAUACUUCACAUUCUCUUCCCUCACAUCUGUUGGCUUUGGGUAUGCCAUUGGAAAUGCCGAAAGACCACGCCUGUACUCUGGAACGGCUCGCUAUCACACUCAGCUAUUAAGGGUCAGAGAAUUCAUUCGUUUCCAUCAAAUACCGGACCCAUUGAGACAACGACUAGAGGAGUACUUCCAACACGCCUGGGCCUACUCCAAUGGCAUUGAUAUGAACAUGGUUCUCAAAGGGUUCCCCGAAUGUCUUCAGGCAGACAUAUGUCUUCAUUUGAAUAGAAAUCUGUUAGAAAACUGUUCCGCUUUUAAAGAUGCUUCUCAGGGAUGCUUAAGAGCGCUCUCAAUGAAAUUUAAGACAACUCAUGCGCCACCGGGAGAUACUCUGGUUCAUAGGGGGGACGUAUUGGUGGCCUUAUAUUUCAUAGCCCGGGGCACUAUUGAGAUUCUUAAUGGUGAUAAUGUGGUCGCAAUUCUGGAUGAUAUAUUUGGUGAGAAUCCAUUGGAAAACACAACGAUUGGCAAAUCGGCGGCCAAUGUGCGAGCGCUGACAUACUGUGAUCUCCAUAAGAUUAGUCGAAUCGAUUUGCUUCAUGUGUUUGAAAUGUAUCCCGAAUUCAUCGCAUCGUUCAAUAGUAAUCUAGUCAUCACUUAUAACCUCAGAGAUGAGAACCAACAGGGAUUGCCUGAUCUCAGUGUUAAGAAGUCGACUAAAAAUAAAUUUCAGGACUGCUUCUCAUCGCCGCCUAAUGAGGAGGUCUCCGAAGAAGUGUCGGCCGUCACAGAAGACAAUAGAGUGGGUCAGACAUAUGUGGGACAGGGAUUGGCAUUCAGUUCUUUCGAUGGCGAUGAUGAUGACGACGACUGCGCCCGACUUUACUAUAAGAAUGUGAAGGAAGACAAAUCAAAGCGUAGAUAUUCAGGGACUGGUAUUCUUGAGUUCUCGCCACAAAAAGCGGGUCUGGAUGUGACGCCAGCCAACUAUGAGUUCUCAACCAAACCCGUGAGAGCCAGAAGUGAAACUUUGAAUUCACUGACGGGUGCUCUCUCCAGUAUAUCUCCAAAACAACAGAAAACUUCAGUAUCGCACGAAAGGCUUCGUAAAAACUUUAGAAAUCCAUUAAAACAUCAGAAUUCUAGUCAAAACCAAGACUCGUUGAGUGCCAUAAAUACUAGUGUAUCGGAAACGGCUUCUCCUAAUAAUAUAAACAAUAAAAUGGAGUCAAUUCUGGAAUUAGUCAGGGAAUCAGCAAAUCUCGACAAUCACUCAAAUAUUACUUUAAUUAAUGACACCAUUGAUCGCAAAAUCGAUAUCCUUUCGAAACGGAUUGACGAGUUUGAAGAGAAAAUGACAAAUACUUUACAAGAAGUAAUCGAUUGUCUGAAAUCAAGUCCAUCAAGUGUUAGACGCACGGAUCAAAUAACUCUGAAUUCUUGUGAUCAAUAUUCGUGUCUAUGCUGUGAUAAGACAAGUAAAAACUCAAUGCAAGUGAUAGACACUCAGAAUUAUGCGCCGCCUUUGAGUCGAACCCAAAGUCUUCAGUCAUCGGUGUUUCCAUUAUCUGUGAAUAGGAUUGCGUUAAGAAAUACCAAAAGCCUUAUGGAAACCAUGUAUGAGAUGUCCGGUCCCAACAUCAUUGUCGACACACACGCCGACACUUUAGAAGAUUCUCUCGAUUUUGAUAACACAUUAGAGUUUGUGUCGAGUCUUGAGAACACACUCGACGUCGACAGAGACCACAAACACACCGAUCGUCAGGUGAUUGACAAGACAUACCCACAACAGAAUCAACUCAAUCGUGCUCUUAGUCUUCAAAGUUGUAUUCCUCUGACUAAACCAACCACUCAUUCAGAAAGUAAGCGCUGCUCUCAACCCCUGCAACACAACCCAACGGGCGAUUCAAUCGCUUUGCAAACUCUGUAUAAAUCUUCUCCUAAUCUGAAGCAAAGCGAUGGACAGGACUAUGAAAGACAGCGCUCUUCUCUCAGUGAUAGCAAUAUCGUUUGGAUGCAAUCGUAACCAAUACUUCAUUCAUACCAUGAAUGCCAUCAGUCAUUCAUAUAUCACACAUUCAACUAACACUGUUAGGUUGUGUCACGACAUGUGUGCACUUAAUAUAAUAAGCAAUGAUAUGAUUUUGUGCUCUUAAUUAGCCCUUCAUUUAUACAGAAUAUUCAUAAUUAUAGAGAGGAAUUGGAAUUUUUCUCAACUUUGAUGAACUUUUAUAGAAGUUGUAAAAUGACCUUGUCGAAUAUAAUCGAAUAGACCUUUAAUUUUAUAGAUUCCGUGC